GUGCAUGGAUUUGUCGCACGUCAUCCCAAUUGACUGUCAACAUGAAAUGUGUGUCAACAAAACAUGAAGUAUCAUCUGUGAUAUCUAAGGAAGAAAAUUGUCAGUGACGUCAAAAAACAACCUGGUGUAAAAAUAUAAUGAGCAUUGAGAACUGCGUUAUCUCUCCGGGAAAGAGUGAGACUGGGCACACGCAUUGUGCCAUAACUGAUGGAAUAAUUGUCCGUCAAACAGCACUGGUGGAUCACUCUCUCCUAUCGCUAUUUCACUAAGCAUAUACCGGUGGUAUACAGAUUAAAGGGUGAUAAACACAAACAAGCCCUCAAUAUUUCAAUUUAGUUAAAACCCAGUCGCACGCGAAGUGUUAAAGGAUCGGAGCUGUUUAAGUGUUUAGGAAUCGAGUGAGACCAUGCGCGGAUAUGGAAGAUGAGUCCCCCAGAUAGCGAGGCGAUACUGUUCACUAGAGGGAAUCCAGAGAGGGGCUCCGUACCAAACAGGUAGUCCUCGGGAUAGAAGUCCAUCCGAGUCCUUUUGGAGCAGAUGUCAUAGUAAACGAGUGCUAUCGAUGCGGACUUUACCUAUCCAUUUUUCAAAAGUAGUGUAUUAACUUUCAACGUGGCUCUACAAUAAUUACAUCACAUACAUGUAUAUAAGACCGUAAUUAUCAGGAUGGCAUUAACGUGCAUAAUUAAAAGCAAUAUGGUGUUAUUACCUGAUCCUCUUACGGCGCUCAUCACUCACCACAGAGUCGAGGAGAUGCAUUACGGCCUGUAGAAGGAAGGGAUGACUUGUAAUUCGACCAUGGAGUCUGUACACGAUUACCAACUUCAGCAGAAUAUGCUGAUCACCCUGUUGUUUCUAGCCUUGUUUACGGGGUGGAGGACGUUCUAUGACCGAGUCAAACGCUCCCUUCGUCAGGUGACGGUGGUGGUAGUGGGAGGGGGGCCUGUUGGGCUGCUAGCGGCUUUCCUGGCCCUCAGAUCGGGCAGGGCCGGCAAGAUCGUAAUCUUUGAGGAAAAGGACAGGAAGAGCAUUCUGAAUGGACAAUAUCAAUUGACAUUUGAUCGACAAAGUGUGGAAUUUCUUAGAGAAUCGGGAAUAGAUUUUGACAACAUCGAGGGUUGUCGCCAUGAUAACAACUUUACAACAAAAGUUGGUGUGUUUGUGGAGUUUAUUCUGGUCAGGCUGACGACACCUGACAACAACGUCACACUGCGAUUCGGCAGUAAGUUUGACAAAGAGACAUGCAAAGAACUGGAUGGAAUUCAAGGGCGAUUACUUGUCAUAGCGUGCGACGGAAGGAAUGGACAAGCAUCGCGAUUGCUGGGAUUGGACGAAUUCUCAGAGCAGCACUCUUGUAAUGCUUACGGUGCUAUAGCCGCCAUUGAACGCACAGAGGCGCGGGAUGUUCCUACGCCAGAAAAAAGAGUCCAUAAUUUGACAUUUGAUUUAUCAGCUUAUGGAGCAUAUCAUUCUGACAAUGAUUGCUCUCCAGGGUUUAGUCUGAAGGUUUUCGGCAACAGCAAACAUCGAUUUAUAUCACUAGCCAUUUCAAAGUGCGAAUCAUCCGUGGUCAAAGCUCUCAGGACAAUUCUCGAUCGAUCGAUGAUGAGGAACAUUUUCAUGAAGUGCUUCAACCUUUAUAAAAUGGGGUAUGAGCAGUCGCUGAGCGAGUCUUACGCAUUGAACCACAUGAAGUUCAGUCCUCGUCUGUUUGAGAUCAAACUGUCCCAGAGGUGUGAGACGGUGGCCUACUUCCACGACUGUGAUACAUUUGUGUUGGCGGAGGGGGAGGCGGCUCUCUCCUUUAACUUCCACACAGGGCUUGACAUCAAUCCGGCCAUACGCGGCCUAAUGUCUCUAUCAAAGUUCAUAGAAAUGAUCACCUUAGCCGAAUCGGAACAUUCCAUAUCGAACGCACUCCUCUUCAAGAUGAAGCACAAUGAGUUUGUUUGUAAAGACCUUAUACGCAACGGACUGCGGGAAUACAUGUUUUCGUGAAGAGUUCCCAUCUCUUGGCCUCAUCCCACCCUUCCCGACAAGCUGUAGCGGAAGCAGUAUUUAUAGAUACACCAGCAUCCGAUCCACGUGACGGAUUAAGGACGGUAGCCGUCUGACUGAAGGGAACCAGUCAAAUAGUACAUUCCUGAGAACUAGUCAGAGGAUCAGAAUAUUUAUUGUAAACCUAUUUGUUGUCAUGAUUUAUUUACAAAAUUAUUCUAACAGAGCUACUAGAUAUUUUUAUUACGAAAAAAAAAUAAAUUAUAAAAAAAAUUCGUUAA